UAAGAAUCCCGAAUUUGAGAAUCCUGACUGCGUCGACCAUCACCAGCCCGAGCCACCAACCUCAAAACACCGACAUUGGCAGGCCAAUUGCCUUGUCAGAUCACCCACGAUACCCCCCUAAGCUCCGCAAGGUGUGCCCACCAUGCUUGCGAGGUCCUGUGUGCGCCCGAUGCGCGCCUUCGCCAGCGCGAGAAAUGGCGCCGUGCAGAUUACCAAGCGCACCGCUUCCUCGAGCUCCGGAUCGACUGCCGAGUCGCCGCUCCGCUUGAACAUCGCCGCCGCCGCUGCCACCGCCGUUGCUGCCGGCUCUGUUGGCUGGUAUUACCAUCUCUAUGGCAACUCUCAUGCCAUGACGCCUGCUGAGGAAGGUCUCCAUCCCACCAAGUACCCCUGGGUUCACAACCAAUGGUUCAAGACCUUUGACCACCAAGCUCUCCGGAGAGGUUUCCAGGUCUACCGCGAGGUCUGCGCCUCGUGCCACUCUCUCAGCAGAGUGCCCUACCGCUCCCUGGUCGGCACCAUCCUGACCGUUGACGAGGCCAAGGCGUUGGCUGAGGAGAACGAGUACGACACCGAGCCCAACGACCAGGGUGAGAUCGAGAAGCGCCCCGGCAAGCUGUCCGACUACCUCCCCUCUCCUUACCCCAACGAUGAGGCUGCCCGUUUCGCCAACAACGGUGCCCUUCCUCCCGAUCUCAGCUUGAUGGUCAAGGCCCGCCACGGUGGCUGCGACUACAUCUUCAACCUCCUCACCGGCUACCCCGAUGAGCCCCCUGCCGGCGCCCAGGUCGGCGCUGGUCUCAACUUCAACCCCUACUUCCCCGGUACCGGUAUUGCCAUGGCUCGUGUCUUGUACGAUGGCUUGGUCGAGUAUGAGGACGAAACCCCUGCGACAACUUCCCAGAUGGCCAAGGACGUUACCGAGUUCCUCAACUGGGCUGCUGAGCCCGAGAUGGAUGACCGCAAGCGCAUGGGUAUGAAGGUUCUGGCGAUCACAUCUGUUCUGUUCGCCAUGAGCGUCUGGGUUAAGCGGUACAAGUGGGCCUGGCUCAAGUCGAGAAAGAUUGUCUACGAUCCUCCCAAGGAGGGCAAGACCAACAUCCGCCGCUAA